CUUAACGGCCCAUGCCAAGGUUGCGAAGCAAAUUGCGUACAAAAUUUGCUACAAGAAACUGAAUCUGAAGACACAAUUUGGAGGCGCGUGACGUGGAAAUUUGCUACACGCGCGGGAUUAAUCAUUUAUUAUCGAUUAGUUACUUGAUCCGACACUCUCAUUUAGCUCUCAAAAAAAAGCUGCUAUUAAUGUCUCAAUUUGAUGAAUUUUAACGCCAUUUCAUUUUUUGGGAACUGCUUCGAUAGACAGAACAAAAUGUCGGAAACUCAUCACGCUUCAAUAGUAAAGAACUCGACAAGAAAAGGCUGUUGCCCAAAAAGGAAACGUUCUUCGCAAACUCCGCGCAUAAUUUCCGCCAUUCUUCAUGGUAAAGCCACGCUGAUACAAAGUUAUAGAGCGGUGAAUCUUUAUCGCUUUGAACAUGUAAAUGACAAGGACGACGCUAUGGUAGUUAUAGCAGAGGAGUGGCCCUUUGGAAGACGAAAAGUUCCGCCGGAGAAACUAAGUAUCAGUAAACAGGCAGGUAAAUAUUUUGAAGUUGUUUGCGCUUAUAAGACAAGCAGUGACUGUAUCACCAGGGAUUCUAAGAAGAAAUAAAAGAGCUUAGGAACAGCACAAAGGCAGCGAGGAAAUUAGUCCAUAUGAUCCACCGAAACAAAGACUUUCAAUUUCGAUGAACUCCCUUGAAGAGUCGAAGGAUUUCCUUGUACACGGCAGCCCGGUCGAAGGUUAGCGAAGUCACUUUGCUUCUGGAAUGGACACCGCAUAUGAUAUGAUUGUCACCUUUCAAAAACUGUAUAAUUUAUCACUAAGAGACUUCAGAGUCAUCUCGUAACAACGUGAUUCAAGUUUAAGGUGAUGUUACGCGGGACGAUUCGUAACAACGAUUUUUAGCGCUACACAGCGUUGCAAUGUUGGAACAAUGUUGUAACUAUUCGAAACAAUGCCGCAACAAUGCUGCAACUCUGAGUUGCCCUAAAAAUAAACCGUCGUUGCGAAUCGUCUCGCUUAACAUCUCCCUUAUGAAUCACUCAACCUUCAAUGGAGACCUUUCUCAUGUAAGCAGCAUUAGAGAGUAUCAAGGUUUGAUCUCUUAUGGUGCACUUGGUAAUGCAGACUUUUCUCCUUUGAAUAUUAGGGCCAUUUAAACAAGGAAAAAGUCGUCUUCAAAACGGCAAAAGCUAUGUACCAUUUUGAAUAGCUUAUAAGCUGCGUCUUAGCUCAGUUGCUACUAAUAAUUUAGUCUGGAAUACAUUUUUUGUUCCAUUUACACGAGAACUUCACGUUCUCGCGUCUUCUGUAAUACGUGUCAUAUUUUUUCUGGUAUAAAUAGCACUAUUUAUUGCGCGAAACUCUGAACCAAAUUGAAUAAAACGAUGACAGGCGUGUUUGCAACGGUAAAAUUGCAUUUAUUUACAUUCAUUACAAACAGAAGUGGGGAGCUUCAGAGAACUGGUGGCGU